AUGUUCAAAUUUAUUACUGUUUCUAGCUCUUUGGAAAUUCUCUUAAUUCACCCAGAUGAUUCAGAUAAUGAUUUUAUCAUAGCAAAUAAUAUUUCAAUAUUCGAACUCUCAAAAAAAACAUUUUCUUCAGCUGAUUUGCAUGAGUGCUGAUUUUCAAAUAUUAGAACUUGCGUUGAAGAAUACCCAAAUGCUGGAAUUUUCCUAGAUUUAUCAAUUGAAUCCACAACUCAGUAUCUACUCGCUCAAAUUUGCCAAAAUCUUGAUGCUAUUCAUUUAGUUAUUCAAGCUACCUUGAAAUAUUGAGAUAGGUGAACCUACUCAAUUACAACUUCAUUAAAAGAUCAAAUGGCAGCCUUUUUUGCUUUAUCGAGCUAUCAUAACUGAUCUCAAGGGUCAGUAUUUUUCAAUGAAGAGAAUUAUCAAAUAAAAGAAAAGUUUUUGGAAUUUUCUACUGAUUUUAAAAUCUCAAUGAUUGAAAGUCUGACAAGUGUAAAUGAUUUAGUCAGAAGAGAAAUAUCUAAAUUAGGCGUAAAUUUAUACUAUGUGUUUGUUCAUCCCUCGGAUGCAAUAAUAUUGCAGGAUUCUUUAAUAAAUCAUAAGCUUUUAGUAAGCGGAAAUGGUAUUAUUUAUACCCAAGCAAGCAGCUAUGGCUGCAAUUAUGAUGGGGCUUUAAUAGUUACCGAAGCUGAUUAUGAAUAUUAUUCAACCCUUCUUGAAUAUAUAGAAGAUUUAAUUAUAAAUACUAUCGGUUUUAUUACAAAAAAUACUCCAACUGGCAGCAUCCAAGAAGUAAAAUUAUUCCUGGAAUCGCUCAUGCCUUCUCAUUAUAGCAAGCGAAAUUUUUCACUAGUUAAUAUUCAGAACGGAAAAAGAGCCAAGGUCGGUUCAAUCACUAAUAAUCAGAUAACUAUAUUUACUCCCCCCCCUCCCUCCGUGAGUGAACAAAACCAUUAGAAAAAUCGCUAUUUUUUGACCAAAAACCCACCCUCCGUGAGUGAACAAAAAUUUUUUUAAUAGAAAAAUUUUUUAUGGAAAAAAAAUUUGAUAUAUAAGUGAUAAUUAGUAUAAUGAAAUCUAGAGCUAAUUCUGUUUCAUUUUAAACAAAUUGCGUUUUAAAACAUAAAUUUUAUAAAUUAAAUUAAUAUUUGCUUCCCAUUUUUGCAAAUUAGGAUUUUUUUUAAAUAUCGAAAAAAAAUAUUUUCUAUAAAAUUUAUAUAUAAAUUUUUUUAAAAAAAAACAAAAUUAACCCCCCUCCGUGAGUGAACAAAAUUUUUUUGUUCACUCACGGAGGGGGGGGGGGGAGUUAGCAAGAUUAUAUUUCCAGGCAACACAACUCUUAUACCAAAAUCAGCUAAAAAAAUGCUUAACUUUAGCAUAAGCGCUGGAACCACAAAUCCUGGAAGCCAAUCAAGUAUGACGCAAAAACUAGGCUCAAUGGGAGCUUAUGCCUUAGUACAAAAAAUAAAUGAAGGAAAUGACCUUCUGCCAAACUUUAAUAUGAAUUUGUUUAGUUUUGAUUGCGGAGUCACUUUAUAUAAUGCAAAUUUCGCAAAAACUUGCUUCAGGCAAGAUUUCGACAAAAUCGGUUUAGCUCAUCUUACCUCCUAUGGAUCUUUAAUGGCAAUUGGGACGAUGAAAACAUUUUUUUUUUUAAAUAUAACAGUCCCAUCCAUAGGAAGCACUAAUGGCGAUCCAUCUUUGUCGUCGGUUAAAAAUUAUCCAAUGUAUGUUAGAGUGGUCUCAUCUGUAACUUAUAAUGAAGGUAUUGUUUUAAUAAAAGCCCUUGGAUGAAAAAAGGCAGCUAUUUUAUACGAGAAUAGCAGUUGGGGGAUAUCGAUAUAUACGAUUUCUAUUAAAACUGCCAAAAGUGUUGACUUGGAAUUCAUAAACCCUGAAAAUCUGAGGGCGGUACCGCCAAUUUUGGAUAGAAAUUCUAUAAGAAAUUAUAAAUAUUUAUUCCAAAGCGUAAUUGAUUCCCAUGCAAUGCUAUUUAUAAUGGUGUUUCAAUGCCCCAUGUGCAAUUAUGCAUUAGAACUGUUUUAUGAUUUAGGUUUAAGGAAAGGUGAUAUAGUUGUGUACUCUCACAAUCCAGACCCCUUAGACUUUAUUUCAACAGCUGACAGCUAUCUAUACAAAAGAAAAGAAAUUGGUUGCUCAAUGACUCGACUUGUUAUGCCAGUAUGGCUUGGAGAGGUGGGCCAAGAUGCCUUAAAGAGGAUUUGAUCAACUUACAAUACCCGCCCAACUACAUUAAGUUGUUACUAUUUUGACUCUGCUUAUCUUCUUGCCCAUGCUUUGGAUUAUAUGAUAAAUAGGGGACAAGAUUAUACAGAUCCUAUUAAUGCUAUGCAAGCAAUUAGAAAUCAAAGAUUUUUGAGCUGCUCAGGAUAUGUUCUAAUUGAGCAAAACCCAAAUGAUAGGCUUUUUGACGCAUAUCAGUUUGAUCAGGUUACUCUUAAUCAAACAACAGGAAAUUUAUCUAUAAAUAUUGCUGGGUACCUUAAACCUUUCAGCACACAACUCAUAUAUAUUUUAAAUCCUCUAAUUUACCCAGAUGGCACAAUGAAAAAGCCUUCUGAUUUGAGGAAUGUUAAUGACGACUGUCCUUUCCCAAAAAAUAAAAUAAAGACAUUUGCAAAAGGAAGAGGGCUACUUUUUGGAAUAUGCUUUACUUCUGCAUUUAUUGCUGGUAUCGUAACGAUUGUUAUUAACUCAUCCCUCCGCUAUCUAGCAAAGCCAUUCCAAAAUCUCUAUAUUUUGGAGAAAAAUCCAAGAAAAAAUUGUGAAAUUUUGCUAUAAUCGAGCUUCUAGAACCUGAAGCUUCUUUUCAAGAUUUUAUUGUUGCUGCCACCAUUUUUAUUGAAUCAUUCCAAUUUGCCUCUAUGGGUCCUGACUUUUCUGUACUAACUCCCCUCCAUGAGCAAAAAGAAUUUUAUUAUCUCACAGAGGUGAUUUAAUUUUUUUAAAACAUUUAUAUAUAAAUUUUAUACUAAUUUUUUUACUUUCGAUGUCUAAAAAAAUCCCAAUUCUCAAAAAGAGAGAGUAAAGUUUAAUAUUAUUUGCAAGAUUUAUGUCUUAAAAUGCAAACUGUUUAAAUUAAAUAGAAUUAGCUCUAGAUUUCAUUAUACUAAUUAUCACUAAUAUAUCGAAAUAUUUUUUCAUAAAAAAAAUUAUAUUAAAAUUUUUGUUCGCUCACAGAUGGUGGGCUUUUACCAAAACAAUAGGGAUUUUUGCAAUGGUUUUGUUCACUCGGAGGUGGUUUUACCUAAAAAAUAGGAAUUUUUUCAAUGGUUUUGUUCGUUUUACCGUGGGGAGUAAGCACUUUACUAUAUUCUCUAACUCAAUUGACGACUAUAGAUUUGGAAAAUUUCAUCAAGUUUGAAAAAGGGAUGUUUUGAAUUAUUGUUAAUAUUGUUUUCUGCGGAAUUUGGUUAUGAGUACUCCUUUGCAUUGUUAUCUUACUAAGACUUCAUGAAAAAUAUGACAAUUUAUGGGUAUUCAGGAAUUUAGGCCUAUUAGGAGAAAAUUUGAUGCCAAUUUUGGGAAAUUUAUGCUUUAUACCUUUUAUAUCUAUUUGUCUUGAUAUAUUUCAAUGCGACCAAUCAAUUGGGGACAAUUUUACGGAAAGUUUUCUUUCUAAAGACUGCUAUUGCUUCUGUUGAAAAGAAGAGCACCUAACAUAUGCAAUAAUAUCAUUUAUUUGUUUGCUCGCUUAUCAGCCAUUAGCAGUUUUAUUUAGGCCUCUUUGACAAGAAUUACAAUUAAUGCUUCAUGUAAAAGCCCUACCUCUAUAUCUUACCCCCCCCCCCCCCUCCGUGAGCGAACAAAACCAUUAGAAAAAUCGCUAUUUUUUGACCAAAAACCCACCCUCCGUGAGUGAACAAAAAUUUUUUUAAUAGAAAAAAUUUUAAUGGAAAAAAAUUUUGAUAUAUAAGUGAUAAUUAGUAUAAUGAAAUCUAGAGCUAAUUCUGUUUAAUUUUAAACAAAUUGCGUUUUUAAAACAUAAAUUUUGCAAAUUAAAUUAAUAUUUGCUUCCCAAUUUUUGCAAAUUAGGAUUUUUUUAAAUUUCGAAAAAAAUAUUUUUUAGAAAAAUUUUUAUAUAUAAAUUUUUUUUAAAAAAAAAAAUUAACCCCCCUCCGUGAGCGAACAAAAAUUUUUUUGUUCGCUCACGGAGGGGGGGGGGAGUUAUGGUAAAAUCAAUUGCUCAAAUAGCCUUAAUUGUACUUAAUAAAACAAUUAAGCGAACCAAUGCAUUAAGCCAUGGAAUUACGUUUAUUUUUAUUAUGAGUUUGUAUGUAUGAUAUAUUCUUGUUUUUAAAGCGUUCAAUUAUGGGCGAUUCAAUCUUUGGCAAGCUCUCAGUUUAAUUGCAGUAAUUUGACUUGCUUUUUUGUCUACAUUUAUAUUGGUUGCCCAUGGAAACACUAUCGUAUAUUUCUUGUUAUUAAUAAUUGGGUGAAUUUUUAUUGGGGUUUUUGGAAUCUUUGUUCAAAAGAAAAAAUACCCAAGCUUACUUUUUAAGAAGAAAGUAAGAAAUGAAUAUGCUUUAUUUCGAUUUGCUUUUAAUUUCAGGAGCAGCAUUUAUUCAAUAGAUGAACUUUACGAGUAA